CUUACCCUUUAGUAAACCAACUUUAUUCUAUUAUCACACAUCCAUUUUAAGAUGAAAAUGAUUCACAUUAUUCUUCUCUUUUUUUAUCUUCUCUCAUAUACCUCCCAUGCUACAUACACCAAUGAUUUCUGUGUAGCCAACUUUAUGUUUCCUAAAACCCCUUCAGGCUAUCCAUGCAAGUCAGAAACAAAUGUAACAGCUGAUGAUUUUGCGUCCUCUACUCUUGUAGCUGGAGACUCAAAAAACAUUUUUAAUCUUAGAUCCGCCACUGCAUUUGUCAAUGAUAUACCAGGUCUCAAUGGACUCGGUAUCUCUGCAGCAAGAGUAGAUUUUGAUAUAAAUGGAACUGUUCCAAUGCAUAUUCAUCCGGAUUCAUCUGAAUUAAUAAUCGUUGCUCAAGGUCAAAUAUAUGCUGGAUUUAUAACACCUACAAAACUUUAUGAGAAAAAUCUUAAAGUUGGUGAUGUUUUCGUUUUUCCAACAGGACUGUUGCAUUUUCUAGUUAAUACUGGUCCGAAGAAAGCUAUGUUUUAUGCUGUUUAUGGUAGCUCAAAUCCUAGCAUUCAAUUACUUGUGGAUUUAUUAUUUAGAAAUAAGUUACCAACUCCAAUAAUUCAAAAGACUACUCUCCUUGAUUCUUCACAAAUUAUGAAGCUUAAGGCACAGUUUGGUGGCAGUGGCUAGAAUUGCUAGCUUAUUAUUCUAGUUUAUGUUUGUUUUAAUUUAAGUUAAUUAUGUAUGAAAUAAAAGUUACGUGUGUUUCGUUUUUAUGAAAUUUUCAUUUUAAUAAUGUAAGAGGAUGUAUGCAUGGUUCUUAUUAUACUAUACAAUCUCAAUGUAUUAACUUAUCAAAAAACUAUUAUGUGCAAACAAAGACCCUUCAAGGCCUAAAGAAUAAAUAGAA